CUAUUUCCGAAUGUCUCUGGGGAACGCCACAAGUUGGAUUUGGAUUUCCGAUACCCUGCCAUCUCAGCAUCAUUACGGACAAUGUCAUCUCUCGUGAUUACUAUCCAAGUUCAUCAAGCGCACGGGAUUGCCGCUUAUUUUCCAGAUUGAAGCUAGAAAAAACAAUGGUACUUAUUUUCCUAACUAUGUGUUCAAUUUCGGCCACGUCUGAACACAUCAUGAAUACACAGGCAAUCUAGUAUUUUGAAAUGAAUUUAUCCUUUCUAGAUAGCCUUGCAGCCUAAGCUAAGCUGAAAUUAUCUGAUUUCUGCCAUAGCUAUCGCGUUUUGGUACAGUACGGCUGAUUUCUAUUCGUUUUCGAAUCCUGUACCAGCCUGACCAGGCACCGGUUUUCGAAGCUUGGCCGCGGCGCAUGCAAGACAACCACAGCCACCCUCUCAUUUCCGCCUUGUCUUAGUUAGGCUGCCUACAAGUGUAUAAGAAGAAUGUUGCAGUCUAAUGAAGAUUGUUAUUCACACCUCACGAAAAAACUUUCGCGCAAAACACUCAAAAAUUUCACCAAUUCAAAUUCAUUUCUGUGAACGAACCGACACACAAAAUGUGGCCCCAAUCUCAGUCUCCAAUCUUCAAACUCCCCAUCGAGCUCCGCCUUCGCAUCUACUCGUACGCGCUGGGCGAUGCGGAUGAGUACACGCAGAUUGCUUUUAUUGGCGGUUACAAUUUCACAUAUUUUCGAGAGCCAGAGAAAGACAUGUUUACACCAUUGCAGAGAAGGCGGCCAGCAAAUCGAAGAUUGACAGCACUCAUCAAAACAUGUAAAAAAAUCCACGAUGAAGCAGUGGAGGUACUAUACACCCACAACAAGUUUACUUUAAUUGUCGACGCGAGCCGAAACGACCUGAAGCUCAAAAAAUUCCUUUCGGAAUUGAAUCCCACUAGCCUCGCACGAAUAAGGCACCUGUCUCUACUUGUCGUCUUCCGCCAAAACUAUGUGAGGUGGUACGCGAAAAACAACGAACCAAAGAAGAUGAAAACAUGGGAGGAAAAUUGCGAAGCAGCGCGACAGUUGACAGGGUUGCAACACCUCACCGUUACUGUUUACGGGAUCGAGCAUAACGAAUCAACUACCCACUCGCUGUGGGCUCUACAGUUCCUUUGCCCCCUGAAGUCAUUACGGGCAACAAACUUUGCGGUCAAAACUAGGACCCAGUUUCCCGGACACGUACAAGAACAACUGUGUAACGAAGGGGAAGUUUUGCCGUUUAGUUUGGUCGUCGACCAAAGCUUAAAAAACACCGGCAGAUAUGUACUCAAUAACACGGAGUGGGGAAGGCAUGACUGGACGACUGACAAUGCCAAGUACAUAAACACCCCGUAUUAUGGCCCUCCCAAAGGUCUGGAUUACCGUGGGGAUCCAUAUUGGUAG